CAUCGAAGGAGGACGUGUUUUUCGAUCAUCUCCCUGAGUAUUAAAGGGAAUAUCCGUUGAAUAAAAAGCACCAUGGGGAGCCCCGACCGCACCCCCCUCCUAGUCCUCCCCCUCCUCCUCCUCCUCCUCCCCCUCCUCCUCCUGCUCCUGCCGGGCGAGCUGGCGGCCACGGCGAUCCCCGACGUCGCUCCCGAAGAAGGCGCAGACGGAGGAGACUACUGCCUCUCCGACGACCGCCGCCCUUUCUCGGGCUUCGCCGCCAUGACGCCCUACGCCGCCGUGCGACCCCCGAGGGCUUCCUUCGAGAGUUUCGCUCCCGAGGGGUGCCAACCUGUCCAGCUGUGGCACUUAAUUCGCCACGGCAGCAGGGUUAUUCACAAGUUCGAGUAUUCAAGGCUGGAAGUCAUGUUGCCGACUCUCAAAAGAAUGAUUCUCAAGUCUCAUAGCUAUGGCAACGGCGAACUCUGCCCCCGGGACUUGGCUCUCCUGCGCGCCUGGAGGACUAGCAAGCUCGACGCCGGGGACACGCGGCAUCUCACGCCUGAAGGGAGGAAGGAAAUCGAGGGCAUCGCGCUGAGGUUCAAGGCAGCCUUUCCUGAGCUGGUGUACAAGCCCUACCACGUGGGCAAGGCGCAGGAGGAGAACGAGCGAGGGAAACCUGGCGAAGGAACUAAGUUCGCCUUCGCGCCCUCCUUCCCCACGUAUGACAGUGCCGUCACGUACCUCGAGACUUUGUAUGGGCGCCACUGGGGUCACGUGGGCCUUGAUCUAAACGGAUCUCCAGCUUUGCAGUAUUUCUACUUCUGUCGGAACUACAUCACGAAAGUAGUCAUCUGCAGUAAGAAGAAGAAACCUUUUCAUAACUUCAUCAGUGGGAAGUUUAUGGAAGAAGUCAUCAGCAGGGUUUCCAAAAGGCUGGGUAUUGCCGUGACCAUAGCCAAACUCCGCGCCAUGUACAACGCGUGUCGGUACCAGAAGGCGUGGAGACCAGAGAGGCCGUCCGCCUGGUGCGCCGCCUUCACCCCCCGCGACCUGGAGGUGCUGGAGUACUGGGAGGACCUCCGCAUGUACCACGACCAGGGCCCCGCGCACUCGAUAACGUACAAGCAAGCGUGUCUUCUGGGUGCUGAUUUGCUGCUCCAUUUCCGACGCCGAGUGAAUGACAACAUCACAGAUAUUGACUCCACGACCUACUUCGUCAGCAUGGAAGCUUUGGUCCCGUUCCUCUCCCUCCUGGGCUUGUUCAAGGACUCGGAGCCACUGACAGAGGAGAACAUUAACCCAGACCGAGUGUGGAAGACGUCGAAAUUCUCGAGCUACGGGAGUAACUUGGCUUUCGUACUCUCCUUGUGUGAAGACAACAGCUGGUGGGUGAGUGCUCUCCUGAACGAAGUCAAGAUCCAGCUGCCCGGAUGCGACACCGUCUUCGGAUGCCCGUGGGGGAGAUUCGUCGAGGAGUUUGAUUACCUCGAAAACUGCGACUUCCAUGUUUUGUGUGGGGGAAUUUCGUAUCAGCUGAGGCGGACGCAAACCUGGCAAUUACUGUACAUCAUGAACAACUGGAUGUAAGAUGACCAGCUGGUGUGAAAAGCGAAGAAUUUGGGAUUAACGGAAGCUGUUGAUGGCUGUUUUGAGUUGCAAGUCAUUUUCAUUUAGAGGAAGGACAUUUUUGUUGAAUAGGGAAGAUUACUGUAUGAUUUUUUUUUUUGCUUUUUCUAUAUCUUUGUUCUCUCUUUUUUUGUCCAUUUUCAAGAAUUUUAUUAGCUUAUAUUCAUUAUUUUGAUUUGGAAGUUAUAGAAUGAACCUUGCUCAUUGUGUGCAGACCUUCUUCAAAUGAGGAAAUUCUUUUUUGUAUAUGGAAUAAAGCUAUACUUUGG